GCAGGGGGCCGAGCAGUCGCAAGCGCGGAGAAGGGGUGACCCCGCGGUAGGUAAUAAAUCGCAUUACUCAAGAUGUCUUCAGCUCCUGAGCCACCAACACUUAAAAAGGAAUCACCCAAAGAGAAAGACUUUCCAAAUCCAGGGCUCAGAGGGGUACGCACGACGACCUUAUUUCGAGCUGUGAAUCCAGAGCUCUUCAUUAAGCCUAACAAACCUGUAAUGGCUUUUGGAUUGGUCACCCUUUCACUUUGUGUGGCUUAUAUUGGUUAUCUACAUGCAACACAAGAGAAUAAAAAGGACCUCUAUGAAGCAAUUGAUAGUGAAGGGCACAGUUAUAUGAGGAGAAAAACUUCUAAAUGGGAUUAAAGGGCUGGUUACUGCAGUGGAACUUUAUUAAAGGCUCUGAAAUCUUCAAAUGAAAACUUUGCAAGUGUACAGAAUCAUAUUUCUUAUUCUAGAAUAUGUUAAUGAGAAGAAAAGGUAGCAGUUGUAGCCAAAUGACUGCAGUAAAUUUUAUCCCCAUACAGCUGCAGCCACUGUCUUAUUUUCUUUCCACAGAAAGAGCAUC